AUGACGGCGUACAGCUGUGUCUUGGGAAAAGAAUUCUUCUGGCCGUUGAAUGAUAAUCCCGAACCUCCCUUCUGGCCACAUCUAACUUCGAUAUACUUGUAUCCUAUACCCGUCACGCCAUGUGGGAAAUGGAUGUUUGAACGGGAUGACGACGCGGAGGAGCUCGAUUCUGAUCCACGUCAUUUUGAUGGUCUUCCCUACUAUCGUCGUAACUCCUACUAUGAGAUUACGGAUCAAAACACCAAUUGGGACUUGGUUCCUCCAGAGGACCGCAAGCGCAGACUGUUCCGAACCAAAUUCGUGCACGAGUUGUUCAAUCAAUAUCAUCUAUCAGCUGCCAAGGCUGCUCUUCAGAUGCCUAGACUAAGCGGCAUGUCAUUGACGCUUUCGCACCACCAGCAUACGCCCCCUCAACACGAGUUCUGGUUUGAGCCGGGGAGCCAAGAAUGGAAAGUGGCGACAGCGGCCUGGGGCAAUGGGAACGGCUCCGAUGCGUAUGAACCAAGCGAGGAGGUCUAUGAAAUGUGGAAUGAAGUUGCUUUGAAACGCACCGAUCGUUGCAUAAUGAUUGAUUACGCAGACACUUACGGAAACUAG